AUGGGCGCUUGCGGUCUGCGACAGAUCAAAACCGUCAAGAAAACGAGCGACAAAGGCGAUGUGGUCAGCGGCGACGGCGACGAGAACAUGGAAGACGAUAAGUCACACUCACAAGCUACGUUCCGCUUCACGAUCAACAGCUUCUCUCAGCAAAGAAAACCAAUUCUCAGUCCGCCGACUUACGUCAAAAACUUGCCAUGGAAGAUACUGGCACAACCUAGAGUAAAUCGCCUUCUCUCUGACCAACGCAAGAUGAGUUUUAACUACUUCAUCCAGUGCAAUGGCGAGUCCGAGUCCACGAACUGGUCGUGCUAUGCCUCCGUUGAUUUGCGCAUUCUUGCACAGAAGGAAGGCUGUGAGCACCUUUCAAAGCACUUUUCGCACGUUUUCAACAGCAAGGCAAACAACUGCGGUUUCCACAGCUUUGCCAACUGGGAGGAACUGACCGACCCGACAAAUGGCUACCUGAAGGACGACACGCUCAUCCUCGAGGCGACGGUAAAGGCGGAGGUGCCGCGCGGCGUCUACUGGGACUCGAAGAAGCACACCGGUUUUGUGGGGCUGAAGAACCAGGGCGCCACCUGCUACAUGAACUCCCUCCUGCAGACGCUCUUCUUCACCGGCAAACUGCGCAAGGCAGUGUACCAGAUACCGACGGAGGGCGAGGACUGCAAGAAAAGCGUCGCCCUGGCCUUGCAGCACGUCUUCUACGAGUUGCAGUUCAGCGAUCAGCCAGUGGGCACAAAGAAGCUGACCAAGUCCUUUGGCUGGCAGCGGGUGGACUCGCUUCGACAGCACGACGUGCAGGAGCUUUGUCGGGUGCUGCUCAACAACAUGGAGGAGAAGAUGAAAGGCACCAGCGUGGAGGGCACCAUUCCCAGUCUUUUUCAGGGGAAGAUGACUUCCUUCAUCCGCUGCAAGCACGUCCACUUCAGCUCUUUCCGCACCGAGCCCUUUUACGACAUUCAGCUGACGGUGAAGGACAAGAAGGACAUCUACGAAUCCUUUGUGGAGUACACCCGAACGGAACUGCUCGACGGCGAGAACAAGUACGACGCCGGCGUUUUCGGCCUGCAGGAGGCAGAGAAGGGCGUCACCUUUGAGUCAUUUCCGCCGGUGCUGCACCUGCACCUCCUUCGCAUUCAGUACGACCCGGCUACCGGCAGAAAAGUGAAGAUUAACGACCGCUACGAGUUUUCCAAGAAGCUCAAUCUAGACCAGUUUCUCUUGAAACCAGAGUCGACGCCGGCUGAUUACACGCUGCACGCGGUGCUGGUGCACAGCGGUGGCUUUCAAGGCGGCCACUACGUGGCAUUCAUCAACCCGAACGGCGACGAAAAGUGGUGCAAAUUUGACGACGACGUCGUCAGCAGCUGUGAGAGGGAAGACGCCAUUGACGCCAACUACGGGGGUGUUGGGAUGAAACAGGGAGGACCGGUGAGGCCCUCCACCAGCGCCUACAUGUUGGUCUACAUUCGCGACAGUGAGCUCGCUGACGUCCUUGCCCCGGUGACCCCGGCGGACAUUGAAGAGCAGCUGUUUGAGCGGAUGCAGGAGGCAAAACGGCAGAAGGCGCUGCGUCAGAAGGAGCGCCAGGAAGAGCACCUCUACCGCAGCGUGAAGAUCUACACCGAGAGCGCCCUGAUGACGCACAAGGGCGCCGACCUGGUCAGCGCCGCUGGUAAGCGGUCGCCCUGUGUCACCUUGAAGUUGGCCAAGUCGGCCAGCUACCACGAGGCGGUGGCCACUGUCGCCCAGCAGAUGGGCUACCCGGUGGGCAGCAUUCGCCUGUGGCCCUUUCGUAGGCGCAGCAGCUACUCGAAUCGACCGAUGCGCGUCGUAGACACUGCCAAAACGGUGGCCAACUUCCUCGAUUCCAAAAGCGGCGAUGCGCUCUUUGUGGAGACGGCGCCGCCGAGGGUGCCCGUUCCGGAGCUGCCCAUCUCGAAGAAAGAUGCGCACGUGCUCAUCUUCUUCAAGUACUACAACAUCAGGAACUGCUUUCUCACCUACUGCGGCCUGGCACACGUUCGACGUUGCGCCAAAGUGGCCGACCUCUUUGAGAUGAUGUUGGAGAAGGCAGGCCUGCCGGUGGGCACGCCGCUGAAGGUCUAUGAAGAAGUGCACUACAAUAAAGUCCGCCCGAUGAUCAAUUUCAAGGCGACGCUGGAGAAAGCCAUCGUCAACCUGAUGGACGGCGACAUUAUCGUCUUUGAGCGCGGUGACCUGAUCCCGCCGAAGGACGGCCCCUCCGGCUUGCUCGAGUACUUCCAAGACAUGCUGAGUCGCGUAGAGGUGCUCUUCGCCGACAAGAACGUUCCCAACGACCCGGGUUUCUCCCUGGAGCUGUCAAUGAAGAUGAAGUACAGCCAAAUUGCAAAGGCGGUGGCCAUGCGUCUUGGCGCCGACCCGUUGAAGUUGCAGUUCUUCAAGAAGCAAAGUAGCUACAGCGACGGGCCGGGUGAACCGUUGCCCUGCAGCUACGAUGGCACCCUUGGAGACAUUCUGCUGUACGUAAAGCAUCGCCAAGUGAAGAAGCUUUACUUUCAGCAUAUCGACAUUAGCAUCUACGAGAUGGAGAACAAAAGGCUUUUUACGUGUACAUAUUCCAACACUAAUUUGAAACAAGAGGAACUGGAACUGCUUCCAAACAAGGCGGGCACUAUCACUGAACUGAUGCAGGAAGCGGCGAAAAAGACCAAAAUAAAGAUCAUUUCCCCACAUCGGCGACUGCUUGAGAUUUACCGCUGCAAGAUCAACCGCGUCAUCUUCGAUGAUACCAAAUUCGAGAGCAUAAAUCCGGAUAAAUACUUGAGUUACCGCGUGGAUGAAAUUCCUUACGACCAGGUGAAGAUGGAGCCAAAUGAGUUUCUCAUCCCAUUGAUUCACUUUGAGAAGAAUUGCUACCGAACCUUUGGGGUGCCAUUUUUGAUCAAGGUGAAAGAUAAAGAGUCAUUUGUCACUGUCAAGGAGCAAAUUCGAAAGAAACUUGACGUUUCUGAUGAGGAGUUUGAAAAGUACAAGUUUGCUCUCAUUGCAGACCAAGUCACCUACAUCACCAACGAGAAGAAACCAAUCUUUAAGAAAGACGAUCCCGCCGUCAGUUAUUCAGCGACUAACACCUACGCGCCCAAAUUGUGGUUGGGUUUGGAACACGAGAACAAAGUGACGGAACCUUCAAAAUACAUCCCCCACGAGACGGCCAUAAAGAUUAACAACUGA